UUCUAGGCUCAGCCAAUUUGUCAAGAAUUGAAUUGAGACCCACACACCUUCACCCAAUCCUUCCCAAUCAAAUUUUCUGUAAUAAACUGGUUUUUGGCUUGGCUUGUGUCUAUAUUUACUGCUUUAUUCAGGAGAGGCAAAACAGCCCAUCACCUACUUGUGCCUUGGAUCCCAGCUCCCAAAUGUCUUCUAACAUCCUUUCCCCUCAUACACUAGGUAACCACCCGCUGACACCACCAGCUGCCUCAUUCUGUGUAUCACCCCAAGAGAACCCCAACACUCUCACUGUGAUGUCAAAUACUACCAGAACACAGGCCAAAGCAUGGUCACAGCACACUGCAUGGAACAAGAAGAAGCACAAAUACGAACCAUGAUGCUGCUACAUGACCAGCCCCACUACCACAGAGAAACUGAGGGAACUGAAAUCUUAUCAAGAACUUAUGAGUCCAAUGAGGUACUAACCCCACUUCAAAUUCCUUCUCGUCCAACUGUCUCACAAGACAGAUACACAGAGUUCAGGAAAUCCCUUCACUGCUGCGAGCUUCCCUGUGGAGCUGAAAGGGAGCAUGGAGGAAUUACACUGCCUGCACUGCCAGAAGACCACAGGGCAAAGGACAAGUCUCCAUGUACAUUCGUCAAAAGACACCAACAUUAUGGUAGUGGUGUAUUCCCUUGGCCAAGGAGCCUUCCCACUGACCAAUAUUAUGUCACCCAGCUGAAAAAAAGUGAUGUGCGGAUGAAUGAUGAAUUGCUUCGUAAACCACCAGACAGUUCAGCUAAACCACUGUGCCUGCCGUUUCCCAGCUCUCAUCCCUUCCAGACACACAUCUCUAGGUAUGCCGUGUUCCCAAACUUCAGAUCACCUGAGGAUCGAGACACUGGGGUCUAUGCAAGCAGUCAUCAGCCUUUCCAUCCCAAUAUCCCUACCAAGCCUUUUGAUGUGGUUGUUCUGGGGAAGACCAGAGGUAAUGCAUAUAGGCAUGAAGUUGUCAGUAUCCCCUCUGACUCCCAGAAGAAGGCUGUGUGCUGGCCAGGACAGCAUGGAUACUUCCAACUUCCUAAGUUUGCUAAAGAAAAGAGUCAAAUAUAUUACCCAAAACCACCGAAGACAGUGGCCCCCAACUCCACUGUUAAUGAGCUAGAACAUAACUUUUCUGCAAGAACCACCAAUAUGCUACGGAACACUGAAAGGGCUCUGGGGAUCACAACAUACCACCGGGACUUCACAGGAAGAGGUCCUAUGAAUCCCCUUAUCCUGGAUAACUACUACUUGAAAGAAGUUGGCAGAUUAACUGGAGAAGUAGGUGACGACGUGGAACUAGAAGAAACAUUUUUGUCUAGUCUCUCACAAACGAGACCUCUUGAAGGGCGCACUGCACGUCUGCUUCAAGGUCGACGUCCCCAUGAAUCAAUUCUGCAAGAACAGCACUCCUGCAGUGUUCAGAUGCCAGGAAGGCCUGAACUCAAAUCCCUUCCAGAAUCUGCGUGCCAGUCUGCAUGGAGACCAGAGAACGGGCCAAGAGAGACAGCACUGCCUGAAUGCAUCCCCAGCUGGGAGGCUCCUCGGCGCCAGGCAGCACUGCUGGAGCUGCAGCAUUCCUUCUCUAAGACAGCAGCACACAAACGUCUUCAUGAUUCCAUCAGAGGAGAGACAAAAGACCUCACAGAUAACAUUACUGGUGGAAGGAGACACACAUUCUAUGGUUUCAAUUCUUUUUAUUUCUUUAACUGACAUUUUGGCCCUUUAAAAACAGAGUAACAAAUAAAAAGUGUCUCAAUACAAACUGUCUUUCUCUUCAUAAAGAACCCAAAUAAAUUCAAACAGUAAAGAGAAGACCAGCUAGGGCCGUCCAGGACAUGUGCAGCCUAUUUGA